CGGGCGCUGCCGGCGCGCCGUGUCUCCCGUGGCCCUCGCCGGUGCGCUCCAUGCCGCACGGUUGCGGAAGCGUAGCCGGGGGAGGAGGAGGAGGAGGAGGAGGAGGCGGCGGCGGCGCGGAGCACGGGAGGCCGGCGCUCGGCCCCCUGCAGCAGCACUAGUCUCCGGGAGCCGCGCGCGGCGCGCCCCAGCGGCCCGAGCGCCCGGCGCCCACCUCAGCCUGCAUGCCCCGCGCUGCGCCUCGCCCGCGCGCCUCGCCCGCUCGCCGCCCCCCGCUUGCACCGCUGCUGCCGGGCGCCGGAGUAAUAUGCUCACUCGAGUGAAAUCUGCCGUGGCCAAUUUCAUGGGCGGCAUCAUGGCUGGCAGCUCCGGCUCUGAGCACGGCGGCGGCGGCGGCGGCGGCUGCGGAGGCUCCGACCUGCCCCUGCGCUUCCCCUACGGGCGGCCGGAGUUCCUGGGGCUGUCUCAAGACGAAGUGGAGUGCAGCGCCGACCACAUCGCCCGCCCCAUCCUCAUCCUCAAAGAGACCCGGCGGCUGCCCUGGGCCACCGGCUACGCAGAGGUUAUCAAUGCCGGGAAGAGCACACAUAAUGAAGACCAAGCCAGCUGCGAGGUGCUCACCGUGAAGAAGAAAGCAGGGGCCGUGACCUCAACGCCAAACAGGAACUCCAAGCGACGGUCCUCUCUUCCAAAUGGGGAAGGACUGCAACUAAAGGAAAAUUCGGAAUCCGAGGGUGUUUCCUGCCACUACUGGUCGUUGUUCGACGGUCACGCGGGCUCCGGGGCCGCAGUGGUGGCGUCGCGCCUGCUGCAGCACCAUGUGACGGAGCAGCUGCAGGACCUCGUGGAGAUCCUCAAGAAUUCCGCCGUGCUGCCCCCCACGUGCCUGGGAGAGGAGCCCGAGACGGCGCCAGCCCCCAGCCGGACUCUGACCCGUGCCGCCUCCUUGCGCGGGGGCGUGGGAGCCCCGGGCUCCCCCAGCGCCCCACCCACACGCUUCUUCACCGAGAAGAAGAUCCCACACGAGUGCCUGGUCAUCGGGGCCCUGGAAAGCGCAUUCAAGGAGAUGGACCUGCAGAUAGAACGAGAGAGGAGCUCCUACAACAUAUCCGGUGGCUGCACAGCCCUCAUUGUGGUCUGCCUCCUGGGAAAGCUGUAUGUGGCAAAUGCUGGGGACAGCAGGGCCAUAAUCAUUAGAAAUGGAGAAAUCAUUCCCAUGUCUUCGGAAUUCACCCCUGAGACUGAGCGCCAGCGACUUCAGUACCUGGCAUUCAUGCAACCUCACUUGCUGGGAAAUGAGUUCACACAUUUGGAGUUUCCAAGGAGAGUACAGAGAAAGGAACUUGGAAAGAAGAUGCUCUACAGGGACUUUAAUAUGACGGGCUGGGCAUACAAAACCAUUGAGGAUGAUGACUUGAAAUUUCCUCUUAUUUAUGGAGAAGGCAAGAAGGCCCGGGUAAUGGCAACUAUCGGAGUGACCAGGGGACUCGGGGACCAUGACCUGAAGGUUCAUGACUCCAAUAUCUACAUAAAGCCAUUCCUGUCUUCAGCUCCAGAGGUAAGAGUCUAUGAUCUCUCCAAAUAUGAGCAUGGAGCAGAUGAUGUGCUUAUCUUAGCCACCGAUGGACUCUGGGACGUCUUAUCAAAUGAAGAAGUAGCAGAAGCAAUCACUCAGUUUCUUCCUAACUGUGAUCCAGAUGACCCUCACAGGUACACGCUGGCAGCUCAGGACCUGGUAAUGCGUGCCCGAGGUGUCCUGAAAGACAGAGGAUGGCGAAUAUCUAAUGACCGACUGGGUUCAGGAGACGACAUUUCAGUAUAUGUCAUUCCUUUAAUACAUGGAAACAAGCUGUCAUGAAAAUGGCCCAGGGGACUGGGAGGACAGAGGGAAAGGAAUUCUGGGAUGGCUCUUGACAGAGCAGAACUGGGACAUGUCCCAGCUGAGUUCCAAGCAGUACCCAGGUUGGGAGGUGGCCGCCGAAAGACCUUUGGCUGUGCUUUACAAUGACCCUUAGGUUUCCAUUUCUCCUUUAGCAACAGGUGUGGACAUUCAACAUGAACCGAACACAAAGGCUGCUCCUGAGGGUUAUAUUUCUGUUGGUUCCUUUACAGGCCUCCGAAGUGGCCAUUGACUAAUUGGGACACAUGUGUUGUAUUUAUUUUAUUUAGCAACCUGGGUAGCCAUUUUCAGGUGUAACUGGCAGGAGGUUCCUUGGCCUGUCCAGCUGCCAACUUCUCUACGGGUUAAAAGUGCUGCAUCGGAAAGGUAGGCACACAGGAGUCAUGCUUCGGAAAGUUGUCAGCACUCACCUAAGUAAACCUGAGAUUUAUCUUUGGGAUUGCUGUCUGCCCUGCCCAGCCUUCUUCUUUCUCAUUUGUGGUGAUGCUGCAAUGAGGUAGGGAGGUCUUUUUUUUACAUUCCUUCAGUCUUUCUUCUCUUCCUUUCCAUGGAACAGAACUGGGGCUUUGCAAGUCUUUGCUGAAGAAUUUCUGUACCCGAAUCCAAUCCAAGCUGGGUUGUCCCCCCCGUACCCACACCCAU